UAUGCAUGACUUUUACUUUUUUAAGUUGGAGAUAUCACUUAUGAGUUCUUAUGUCAUUCUAUGCAGUUGGUUUGGAUCUGUGACAGCCAAACACAUUGGAAGUUGAUUGAAAUUGAAGCCCAAGACAUUCAAUCCCACGUUUAAUAAUGUUCACGAUCAGUCAUGGGGUGAAUGCAUUUUCCCCACAGUUGUUGCUGCCCAUAUUUCUGCCUAGGUUUGAUGUGUAAGAGAGAUUUCAGAGGGUACUGAAUGGGUAAAUUUUCACUUCUUUGUAUCUCCUAUACUCAAAGUGCAUGAUUGCAUCAUGGCAAGGGACGAGGAUUUGAGGAGAAAACGAAGCUGGCGCGAGCAGUUCCGACUUGUUGUCUGGCUGGACGCAGGAACCCCGAAAUUUCUUUCGGGCAAUCAAACGACCCCUAUUGAUUCUUGCGGAAAUUAGGUUCCAGGAUAAGAGCUUCCAUGGAAAUUCUUUUCCCUACGAAAAUGCAACGUUCUCUUACAGGAAUCGAUGUCCAUGAAUCGGCUUGUUGGGACUCUUUUCCCUGGUGAAGAUGCAGAAACGCGUUCCCCCGCCCCACCUCUGCAAGGCGUACAGCCUUGUUCUCUUCCGAAGGGUGUCGACGACGAAUACAGCCUGGGGGAGUCGGUUCUUGUCCACGAAGACUCCAUUUCUGCGAGAUCGCGACUCCCAAGCAGAAAUGAGGAACGAUCUUCGCUUCUUGGAUGCACAAACGCCCACGAGAAAACUGCCUUAUGCCAUGGUAGCCCAGGAUGAUGAUGAUGAUGACUAUGGUGGUGGUGGCGAUGACAACGGUAACGGUGGUGAUUUGGAGAGGUCGAGCACUGACUCGGAAGCUUCAGGAUUUUGCUGCCCCGACGAGCAAAGGACUAAAUGUUAUCGUCCCAUGACAAGCCAGGAAGAAGAAGAGGACGAUGGUGGCGGGGAUGACGAUGAUGUAGACGGCCGCGACUUGUUUGAUGAAACGUCAAAGCGUUAUAAACAAAAUGGGAAUUUCCGCAAUGCAUCGGAAACCAAAUUUAUGAAUGCCGACCUUGAUCAUUAUGGUAAUGAAUUGCCUCCCUCUAGUUCCCGUCGUUUAGGCAAUCAGCCGAUUGGAAAUUUACCGAGCACCACGGGUACAUAUAGUGGUCGUGCUAAUUACAUACUGCAGGACUUCAGCUUGAAAACCGACAAAAGGAGAGGUACGCUCAAGCAGAACCAAGAAAGCAACCUUCCUGAAGUAGAAAGGGUGUAUAGAGUUUUAUGUAAGUUUCACACUCACAUUCCUAAGCUAGAAUUGGCUUUGCAUGAUUCUGGUGUGUUCCUUAAGCAAUCUUUGGUUGAGAAAGUAUUGAAGAGAUGUGGGGAUGCUGGAAACUUGGCAUUUAGGUUCUUUAUUUGGGCCUCAAAGCAGCCUGGUUACUCCCAUAGCUUUGAUACCUACAAACUGAUGAUCAAGAUUCUAGGCAAGAUGAGGCAAUUUGAUACUGUCUGGGCAUUGCUCGAGGAGAUGAAAAAGGAGAAUCCUUAUCUUAUAACACCUGAAACUUUCAUCAUGUUGAUGAGACGGUUUGCUUCGGCACGAAUGGUGCGAAAAGCAAUCGAAGUUCUUGAUGAGAUGCCAAAAUUCGGGUGCGAGCCUGAUGAUCACACGUUCGGGUGUUUGUUGGAUGCUCUGUGUAAGAAUGGUCAUGUUAAGGAAGCUGCGUCGCUUUUUGAGGACAUGAAACUUAGAUUUCCACCCAAUUUGAAGUAUUAUACUUGUUUGUUGAAUGGGUGGUGCAAAGAUGGCAAGCUGAUGGAGGCCAAAUUUAUUCUGAUUCAGAUGAGGGAAGCUGGUUUUACUCCUGAUAUUGUUGUAUAUAACACCCUUUUAUCUGGUUAUGCUGUUUUGGGCAAGAUUGAAGAUGGCCUUGACCUUCUGCGCGAGAUGAGGAGUAAAGGGUGUCCUCCUAACGCUGCUUCUUACACUGUUUUGAUUCAAUCCCUUUGCUCUCAAGGGAAAAUGGAAGCAGCGAUGCGGCUUUUCACUGACAUGUCCAGGAAUGAAUGUGUUGCUGAUGUUGUAACUUAUACCACCCUUAUCAGUGGAUUUUGCAAAGCUGCUAAGGUGGAUAAUGCUUAUGAGUUGUUGCAGAACAUGGUUGAGCAUGGUUGCCAUCCUAACCAGAGUACCUACUUUCAUAUCUUGGUAGCUCAUGAGAAGAAGGAAGAACUGGAAGAAUGCCUUGAAUUAGUUUCUAAAAUGAAAAGGACAGGCUGCCUCCCUGAUCUCAACAUCUGUAAUACUGUCAUUCGACUGGCUUGCAAACUGGGGCAAGUAGAAGAAGCUUUAAGUGCAUGGAAUGAAAUAGAGGAAACCGGAUUUAGUCCAGGGAUUGAGAGUUUCACCAUAUUGAUACAUGGCUUGCUUAACCAUGGAUCACUAAUUGAAGCUUGCGGCUACUUCAAGGAGAUGGUUCAAAGAGGUCUCAUGUCCGUGCCUCAGUAUGGGACUCUGAAGGAGCUUAUGAACACACUUCUAAGAGCAGAGAAGCUGGAAAUGGCCUCAGAAAUGUGGGAGGUCAUUAAGAACAGUGGAGCCAAUCUAAAUGUCUUUUCCCAUACAAUAUGGGUGCAUGCAUUGUUUGAACAUGGGCAUGUGAAAGAGGCAUGUUCGCGGUGCAUUGAAAUGCUUGACAGUGGUUUCAUGCCGCAGCCCGAUACAUAUGCAAAGCUUAUGAGAGGUCUAAGGAAACUUUUUAACCGAGAAAUUGCAUAUGUAAUUACUACAAAGGUUAGGCAGAUGGCAGCUGAUAGAAAUAUAAGCUUCAAGAGCUAUGCACGUCGAGGUGAGAGAAUUAUGAUCGACAAACAAAAAGCGAAAAAGGAAGGUAAGAAAAAGAGAAGACAUCGACCCCGACGGCACUCGCUGAACUCACUGUAACUCCAAUCCCAACUGAAUUGAGUAGCAGCAGAUAUUUCAUGAUUAAUCA